UGUAAAACAGCCACAUGCUAUUCGCAAGCCACAGUUUGGACUCCCCUGCUGUAAUCCAUUGCUACUAUCUGCAAGAGAGUCAAUCUGGUUAGAAAGAGAAGAGAAAGCACGGCAGCAUUACGAAAAACACCUAGAGGAGCGCAAAAAGAAGUUAGAAGAACAGAGACUAAAAGAAGAGAGAAGGCGAGCUGCAGUAGAGGAAAAACGAAAGCAGAGACUAGAAGAGGACAAGGAACGACAUGAAGCUGUUGUACGCCGUACAAUCGAAAGGAGCCAGAAGCCCAAACAAAAGCAAAACAGGUGGUCCUGGGGAGGAGUACUUCAUAGCAGCAGCAGCAUUAAUAAUACAGGUUAUUUUGUUGAAUCAUCAUUCACCUUUCUCGAUUUAGCAUGCCUGGAGCACCACUUCAGAUCUCUGGGUGGUGCUAGAAAACGUGAUCCAGACAGGCGGUCUGUUUCAACAAUGAACCUUUCGAAACAUGUUGAUCCAGUCAUUAACAAGCGGCUCUCCUCCUCAUCUGCAACAUUACUAAAUUCUUCAGACAGAGCUCGCCGUCUGCAGCUCAGCCCAUGGGAGAGCAGCAUUGUUAGUAGACUGCUGAUGCCCACACAUUCGUACCUGGCCAGAAGUAAAAGCACAGCUGCCUUGUCUGGAGAUGCAGCAUCUUGCAGCCCUAUCAGCCCUCUGUCCUACAAGGCCAUGAACUAUAGAAAUCCAGCAGACCGAGCAAAAUUAUUUCUCACAGCAGCUGGACGUAGGAGGACCACGCCCUCAACAGGGACUGACAAAAAAGAAAAGGACCCCUCCAUCAGUGCAAAGAAACUUCCUUCUCCUUCCAAUCCCAAAACUAGAUUGCUAGCUCUCUCUCCAGUUUGGCAUGCAUCCAAGUCCUUGCCUCUUUUGCCUGGCGCACCCAAACAGAUAACCUCUCCAUCUGGCUCUUCUAAAAUGCCCUCCUCUCGGACACGUCCUCCCUCCCCUGGCAAUAUCCGACCCACCAAGAAAGAGCUGAAACCAGAGAGUGAGAAAAAAGGGCCAGAGAAGGUGCCUGAGAAGGCAGCUGAGGAACAGACAGAAGAAAGAAAAGCAAUUUCAGCAGCUGCUGGAGAAUCUGUCAUAGAGGAGAGUCUCCAUGUCAUAUUAGAGCCUGCUCAAGUAGCUGCUCCAGCUUCGCCCCCUGCUCCACCAGCUGCUUCACCAACCCCUGUUCCUAGCAAGGUUUCGGCAGGUACUACUGACCCAGAAGAAGCAACAAGACUGCUUACUGAAAAGAGGCGGCUGGCUCGUGAACAGCGAGAACGGGAGGAGCAAGAAAGGAAGGAGAGGGAAGAGACCGAAAGGCUAAAAAAGGAGGAGCUGUCACAGAAGAUAGCUGAAGAGAGGGCUCGCCGGGAGGAGGAGGAGGCUCGCAGGCAAGAAGCGGAGCGAAAGCAAAGGAAGGAAGAACAGGAGCGAGAAAAGGAAGAACUGCUACGCCAGCAGGCAGAAGAAAGAGACCAGAAAGAGAAGGAGGAGAUGGAACGCAUUCAGAAACAAAAAGAAGAAGCUCGCCAGAGAGAAGAGGCUGAGCGAAUUCGGUUAGAGCGUGAAAAGCAUUUCCAAAGAGAAGAACAAGAGCGGUGAGAAAGAAAGAAGCGGCUUGAGGAGAUCAUGAAAAGAACUAGGCGCACAGAAGCUGUAGACAAGAAAUCUAAUGAACAGCAAAAUGGAGAAAUAUCUAAAGCAAAUGUUACUGGCGAAGCAGCAACCAGUCCCAUAUCUCCCUUAGAAUCUGUAGUGGCAUCUCAACUUCCACAUCUGACAGAAUCACCACACAAUGGGGAACCAGUAACCCUCUCACAGAUGGUCACUUCACAUCAACCUACAGUAAAUAUGGACAGUAAUCUUAAUCCCAGAAAACAACCAAAUGAAAAUGGAGUGUCUAUGCAGCACGACAACUUUGAAGAGAUCAUAAACUUACCCAUUGGAUCUAAACCAUCCAAAUUGGAUGCCAUGAACAAUGAUGGGAGCGGUAGCCCUGAAAUUCCUUUAAAUCCAAUUUUAGCCUUUGAGGAUAAGGGGGUUUUAGGGCCGUUGCCUCAGGUAGAUAGUGUCCAAACACAUCAAACAGCAGAAGUUAUCUGAACGUUUUUUCUGAAGAGCCAAAGAUGAAGUAAGCAUCUCUGCUGCCUGUGGAGUUUGUUCCAUACUAUGAAGGGGUGUUUUAUUUUCUCUCGCCUGUUUUCUAAAAAAAAAAUGUGGCUAUCUUUUUGAAAGGACCUUAGUAAAACCAGCAGAAGAAGUGAUGGAGACUAGACAUGGAUUAUCUUUCUAUCUAAUAGAUUUCACCACUAGAAAAUCAUGCUUCACGUGCUUUACUUAAAAUGGCUUCUUUUCCAACAAGAUCCUUUUCACCAAUCAAUAUUUUCUGCAUUCUUCAAGACAAAAGGCACUGGAAUCUGACAGUAAUGAGCUGACUGGGGUAAAGGGCCUGAUUUUUUUUUUUUUUUUUUGAGGGUGGGUGAUUGGUUUAAAAAAGUAUAAUGUAAAAUUGGCAACUAAUCUUUUUACAUAUUACGGAUCUAAUACUUGAAAAAUAAACAUCUCAUUGCUCUACAAGUAGGGCCAAUGGGAGGUUUAAUUUAAACCUGUUGGUUUAAAUAUUUUUGCAGAGAACUCUAAUUAUGGGGGCAAGAUAUAGGCUUCUGUAUCAGGUUCUUAUAAAUGUAACUUCUACGUGGACGUUCUGUAAAUGUCACUACGACCUUCUUGCAUUUUCUUUAAAAACGCAAAAUGGAACAGGUUUUAAAAUGUGAAAAUUUGAAAGCGUUAUUUUUUCAUGGACAAGACGAAAACCUGGUGUUCUCCUAGAUAAUGUAUUUAUGAAUUUUGCUCAGUACAAAUAAAUCAUUUAAUUGAAUAAAUUAGAAAAAAAAGUGUUAAAACAAUAUUGCAAACUUGAUUUUGUUAGUCACAUUCAUGUCUACAUGAUAAAAGGUACAUAUGCAGACACACAGAAAAAUCCUUUUUUGAAUCCUGUAAAUUGUUGCUGUUCGCCAUAUUGGCGGGAUCUUUCUUUGCCUAAUGAUAUUUGGGGCACAUUGUGUGUGAUUUUUGGGGUAAGAGGAGAAAGGGUUUGCGGGAAAGGGGUUAAUUUCAGAGCAAAGGGGAAAUGACGCAUGUUUGUUCUUUUUGUUUAAUGUUAAUUUUUAAAGUGCAGUACGCCUUAUUUCUGGCAAGUGACUUGUAUCUUAAAAUUCCUCUUUAGUCCAUUGACAUUAAUUAUUCACUUUCAUUAUUUGACUCAUCACUUUUGCCGCUACCAAGCUGGACUUAAAAAUCUUGCUCUUUUUGCUUGUGUAAGUGGUGCUCUUAAUGGCAGAAAUUACUACUUAAGUGUUGUGUGCAAGGAAUGUUACUGCGGGACUGAUCUUCAGGUGGGGUGAAAUGUGGUCCAGGAAGCUAUGACUAUGAAAUUUAUCAUCCACUGGGAAUCUGUCCCAGUGAGGUUCCUUUGAUUAACUCCUUUGGAUCAAGCCCAUAAUGAGCAGCACUGCAGCAGGUUGUCAUCAAAGAGAAGCUCAGGUUAAGGUAAGACUUGAAAAGAGUUCUAUGAAGAAUGUUAAAGAGCUAACUUUGCACAGCUACAGGGCGGGUGCCUUCUCAGAAGAAAGAUUGGUUAAAUCCAGGGGGGCUGACAGAAUUGUCAGGUUCCUGGGCAAGUUGGGGAGGAACGGGGGUGGCUCCACACUCCCAGAAAGGGCAAGGCUUUGGACAGAAGUGGCACGGAGCUGGGGAUCAACCUGUCCUGUCAGCCCUUCAGCAUGGCCUUGAGCAUGUGACCCAGUAGAAGCCACAGCAGCUGGGAUUCUUAGGCCCUUUUGAAUUGCCAGGCCCCAGGACACUUGCCCACUUCUCCACUCCUUCCCCACUCAUCAAUGGACCUGGAUAAAUCUACUGGAAAUUCAGUAAAUUGAUACUUCUACCAGAUUAUAUCUGGAGUGCGGAGAGGGGAAAACCAUUGUUAGAAUGUUUUAGAAAUGGUUUGUGAUCUAGAGAAAUUAAGUGAAUUAAUUUUCUACUCUCUUUACAGGUCUCCAUGAAUGUAACCAUUAUAUAUAAAAAUAUCUCCAAAAUAUAUAGGUUUUAUUACUUUUAACCGGUAUAGUAUGUAAGAAUACAAUUUGUCUGGAAUAUUUAUACCUUCUUAUAUGUUGGUUGGUUUUUUCCAAGGAGCUCUUUAUGCUUGAAAAUUGUGCUAGCUAUUCUUCACUUAUUUGUGACUAUCUUCUCUAAACUGUUUGUUAAGACAAGUAGCACAGGAUCAUUUACUAGGAGGGCUGGAUCAAGAAAUUGGUAUUUGGCUCUAGAUUCAAAUUAUAUUUAAAACAAGGAUUGGAUUUGGAGUCAAAUGUGAUGGCUUUCAUCACAUGAACGGUUUACUCAUGACAUUUCAGACCAAACUCUGAAUCAGUAUUGAAAUUUCGAGGACUUAAGAAUAUGCUUAAAGUUAAGCACUUUCUUAGAUACUUGCCACACUGUCGCUAUACAUGAAAUGUAUUCUAUGUCUAAACCAGAACUGGAAAAGUCCCUUGUUAUGGUUUUGUUACCCAAAGCAUACCAUUGAAAACUGACUUCUUGUCCUCUUAUUGUAAGGUGAGAGUUUCCUAGACCAGCUGAACCAUCCUUAACAAAAUAGCAUGAUGCCUGGCUAUUCCACUGAGUUUAACAUAUGUACUUAUUCUCCAGUAUGAGGCCAUAAAAAUUAGCAGUGAUUUGGUUGAACACUCAUUACUAAAUGUAAUACCGAUUAUAAACCCCCUGAUACCAACUAACUGUAUAUUUCAGUUUGCCUAGUAAGUGCGAGGCUGGUUGACAGUGAUUCAUUUUAUGACAUGCUUAAGUUUGGAUAUAUUUGUAAAACUCCAGACUUUACUUAA